AUGGAUAUAUACAGCGGCCUUAUAUUCCUCGCCCUCAUCGGCUUCUGCCUGCUCCUCUCCAAUUCCGCACCGCAUCUCCUCAACCGACUCCGCGGCCGCAAACCCCCAUCUCGAACAAGCCAGACCCCCCCGCCCUCUCUCUCUCCCAGCUCUGAGAAGAAGCCAACAUCAACAACACAACCAACAGACCCCGCAACCGUCCUCCCGCCACAACGCCGCCAUGUCCUAUCAGCCCUGCCUCUGCCCGCCAGUUACAAAUAUAAAGAGGUAUCCGAGACGGAAGUCCUGCGGAGGCCCCUGCCCAUGACGCAGGACUACCGCACGUGCCAAGAGGAGGCAUACACGCCGACUGGGUUCUCGGUAGCCGAGAUCAAGGCGCUGGGCGAUUUCCCCGAUUACGCAAAGCUGAGCGGCGUGCCGCUGCCGACGGCUUAUGGGGAGGAAUUUGAUGUCGACCGGGCCCUGGCCAGGCCGUAUCGCCCGUUCCGCUGGGCGUAUCAUCAGACUAUGUCCCUAACAAAGCUCGAAACCGAUUGGUGGCUCGAGCUAGAAAACACGUACAAGGAGCGGAUUGCGCAGCGCAAGGCGCUGUUUGCGAAGCACGGCGGCGGCGUGUUAGGUGCUCUGCCUGGUUCCGAACUCGCGUGCAAAGAGCUCAUGGAGAUGGCGCUGCAGUUCUACUGCGCGCGGUAUCCGCAGUAUUUCACGCUGAGCGACGAUAAGCGGGUCUUUAUGAACAAGAUCCUGGGUACAGAGCAGGAUGUUAGGGCAAAGCCGCCGCUGGAGAUUCUCAUGGAUAAUGUGCCUGAGGAUUUUGGGAUUAUGCUGCGAGAUGAGAAGACGGGCGAUUACUUUUUGCGCGCGGCGGUGAUUUGUUCGUCCAUGGGGUGGAAUGUCGCGAGUAAGGUUGGGCUUAGGCUUGACCAUAUCCAUACCAAGAUUCCUGACUACAAAGAACGGAUGGAGUUCUCAAUGAAUAGGUUCUUUACCAAGAUGCCAGCUGAUAAGCCCAUUCAACGAGGAUCAUGGGGUCUCGAGAUCGGACAGCCUUUGCAUAUGCCCGCUGGAGAUCCCCACGAGAAGCUGCGCGAGUUCCAGGAUCCCAGUUUGCGUCUGGAAGAUCUCCAUCUGCGGACGGACUGGCAGACAUUGCGCCGCCUGCCUCUUUCCGCGGCCAUCGUUUUCAACUUCAAGGCACUGUUCACCCGUGUCACCGAGUUCCGUGACGAGCCUUGCGUGCCGGCGCUUUUGGCGAAGAUUAUGAGGAACGGAAAGAAGAAUCUCAUUGAGUAUAAAGGGACCUGGCAUGUGGAGCAUAUCGUACUUCCGGCUCUCGACAAGUGGGCUAAAGAGCAGGAGGAAAGUGGCCUUGCCCCCAAGAGCUGGGAGGUGGCUACAUUGGAUGAGAGUCCCUGGUUCAAGGGUUGGGAAGAGAAGUGGCAUCGUCAGCAAGGGUUCUAG